AUGGCAUUCGACGCCUACCUUCAACGCGCAGACGACUACAUCACGAAACAAAUUCAAAAGUUCGAGCAACAAAAGCGCGGCAACAGAUCACCGCCUCGCGCAAAUGGAUAUCAUCAGAUGAGCCAAUCACGACAGCACGGGCGUAUGUCAUCACAAGGAGGAUACCCCGGAAGCCCGGCCCCUCCUCAUGACCAACAUCACCCGCCCCCUGGAUCCAUGUUGCCAGCCGGUUGGAUCCAAAACUACGAUUCACAAAGCCAGCGAUGGUAUUACGUCGACACAACAACGGGAAGAAGCCAAUGGCAACCUCCUUCUUCCGAACCCCACCGCGCAGCAACCUUCCAGCCCGACACCCGUAUUCCCAGUCCCUACGACCAAUCCAAUCUCCGCAUGAGGUCGAAUUCUCAGCCUCAGCGCCCGGAAAUGAAUGAAGGAGGUGGACAGUUUUUGGAUCCCAGACAGAAUGGCAAUGCUGGUCCAAGCCCCAGUGUCAUGUCCAUGCAACUACCCCCAGGCGCGCAUUACGAUACAAAGACUGGUAAGGUUGUUCAUGGUAUGUUUCCUGAGGGACAGACGGUGCAGAGUUGGUCACAGGAGAUACAGAGGAUAUGA